AGCAGCCUCUGCUUAUGUCCUACACUCUCUCUUUGUCAGCCACAAGUAAAUUCAAACUGGUGCAAGAAGACCAGCAGGGAAACAGGGAAAGGAAUCUCUUUCAGGAGGCUGAGUCUGGUGGGAAUACAACUUGGCAAUGGAGGACGAAGUGAAAUGGGCGACCGAUAUUAUUGAUCAGAAGCUGGAACUGGAGGAACAUGAGAAGGCAAAGCCACGUUUUCGGAAGAUAGGUGUUGUUGACAUUGAUUCCAGUGAUUUAAAUGAUGAAAAAUACCAGCCGCCUGUGAAUCGAAAUCUUGCCAAUUUAAAGGGUGAUGACCGCGUGAGGAAGACUUCAGUUGACCUGAGAAAAGAAAUUAUUGAUGUUGGUGGCAUCCAAAAUCUAAUUGAAAUACGAAAAAAGAGACAGGAGAGAAAAAAGAAGAAGUCAUUGACAGUUGCUCUCGAACCACCUCCUGAGCCAGAGCUUACAGGACCUGUCACUGCUGAGGCAUUCCUCAAGGCUGCUGCUGACGGCAAGAUGAACAUCAUUGAGAAGUUCUUGGAGGAUGGUGGCUCUCCAGACACUUGUGAUGAGUUCAGGAGAACAGCACUUCACAGAGCAUCAUUGGAAGGUCACGUAGAAAUCAUCAAGAAACUUUUAGACAGUGGAUCAUCGGUCAACUUCAGGGACAGGCUGGAUUGCACUGCUAUUCACUGGGCCUGCCGUGGAGGGAAACUGGAAGUAGUGAAGCUUCUUCAGGAUAGUGGAGCAGAAAUAAAUGUCAAAGACAAGCUCCUUAGCACACCUCUCCAUGUUGCUACACGCACUGGUCAUGCUCAUAUUGUGGAGCACCUGAUUGCUACUGGUGUGGAAAUUAAUGCCAGAGACAGGGAAGGUGACACUGCUCUUCAUGAUUCCGUCAGACUUAAUCGGUACAAAAUCAUCAAAAUGCUUAUUUUAUACGGCUCCAACAUGAUGGCAAAGAAUGCAGACGGCAAAACUCCCACAGACCUUGUGCAGCAGUGGCAGGCAGACACCAAAGAGAUGUUGGUGAAAAGGUCAAACACUGUUUCAGAGAAGCAAGUGUGAAGCAGAGAGAGAAGCUACUGCUGUAUCAUUCGAUUAGAUACUUACUAAUCAUUGUGAGGAUGUGUUUGGCCAGUGCUGCCAAAAAAGGAUAUAUAUUUUUAAUGCAUUUUGAUUUAAUAUAGAAAAUUUCUGUACAGCAAGCCCUUUAUUUGUGUUAUUUAUUGUAAAAUGUGCUUUAUUGUUCUUUUACCUGUAUAUAUAAGCCAGGAAUGGGCCAGGAAUGCCUAAAGCUGUUGCUCAACCAUUUUCAUCAACAUACAUGCCAGCAAAUCCCUUUGAAUGACUAAUACAAUAUCUACAUGAAUUGGGAUAACAAAUACUCUUAUAUAGUUCACUGGAUUUCAGGCUUUGCUUAUUUGAUCUCUAAUCACAGACAUGUAUAGCUGUAUACACAACCCCAGUGUAUUUGGUCAGAGAGUGAUUAUUUUCAAUUCAGCUUUAGAUAUUAAAUAUUCCUGGUGUGGGCCCAAUCCCAAGACUAUUCUACUGGUCCUUUAAAAAAGGAGUUUUUUUAAAGGCAGUAGGCAGAGCUAAGCUCAUAUAGCUCAUAUAAUAGAUGCCUUGGUAUGUUUGCAUCCAGCCACUGGUUGGAUGUUAGUUUGGUGUGUACUGGAGGGUUUAUGGCCCGAUAUAGACUCUUUGUUAAAGGAGUAGUUCAACUUUAAGUUAAUUUUUAGUAUGUUAUAGAAUGGCCAGUUCCAGGAAACUUUUCAAUUGGACGCCAUUAUUUAUUUUUAAUAGUUUUUUUUUAAAAUGAUUUGCCUUCUUCUUCUGACUAUUUCCAGCUUUCAAAUGGGGGGUCACAGGCCCCAUCUAAAAAAACAAUUGCUCUGUAAAGCUACAAAUUUAUUGUUAUCGCUACUUUAUAUUUCUCAUCUUUCUAUUCAGGGCCUCUGCUAUUCACAUUCAAGUCAACUGGAGAGUUUCCGAAUAAAAAGCUCAAAAACCACAAAUAAUAAAAAAUAAAAACCAAUUGCAAUAUGUCUCGAAAUAUCACUCUCUACAUCAUACUAAAGGUUAUGGUGAACAACCCCCACCCCCCUUUAAAUGACUGCAACAAUCAUAACAUGCAUGAAGAUUUUCUUUUAUGAAAAUAUUGUUUUUUGUUCUUCCUCCCAAAAAA